AAAUAUUUAACUAAAUAUGUCAAGAGCUUACUCUAUUGGCAAGGCUUCAAGAAUGGGUCAGUCAUUCAGCAUGGGCAAUCUCAACCCAGGUCCCGGAUCAUAUGGAGACAAGUACAAAUAGUAUCAAAAAUAAGGCUCCAACUUGGAAGCUAGGAACUCAGAAACGGAAAGGACUACAUCAUUCUGGGAAGACUCCAGGUCCUGGCACUUACGAGUCUGACAACAAGAAGAAAGGACCAACUUAUGUUAUGGGAAUGAAGACUAAAGUUGACUUUAGCAAGCUAAACCCAGGUCCAGGAACUUAUUCAACCUCAGAUUUACUAGGUGUCAAAGGUAAAGGAUACACAUUUGGAGGCAAGAAGCAGUUUUCCCAGACUGGUAAACAAUUCCCCGGCCCAGGAACCUAUGAUAUCAAAUCGACCAUUCCUACUAAGCAGAGAGGCAAAAGCUUUGGGAAAGAGAGAAGAGCCAGUUCUUAUGAAAGAGGAAGUCCAGGACCUGGCCAGUACUCAAUUUCUACUACUAAUACAAAGAUGGCAGCUCCAAAAUACGGUUUUGGAUCUGAGAAAAGAGAUAGCAUUAAAGGGCAUGGAGAAAGUCCAGGGCCAGGAACUUAUAACCAGAAAGUUCAUGGAAAGACAGCACCAAGAGGACUCGUGCUUCCAAGAAGACCAGAGUCUGCACCUGCAAAAGGAAGAGGAACUCCAGGUCCAGGACAAUACAAUGAGAAUCUUUAUAUUAAAAAGUCUGCUCCAAAAUAUGGGAUGGGGACAGGAGCAGCCAGGAGCUCUAUAAAUAAAGAUCGCCUUCAAAGUCCUGGCCCAAAUAAAUACGAUCCAAGCAGAAAUCAGACAAUGCAUAAAAAUCCUACUUGGAAGAUAGGAACUGACAAAAGAAGACCAAUGUCUGCUAGGAAUGGGACUCCAGGUCCAGGAAACUAUACCAUUACUUCUAGAAAAUCUGGACCAGCUUACGGAAUGAGAGGGAGAAAUGUGACACUUCAAGGAACAAAUACUCCUGGUCCUGGGCAAUACAGGCCACGCCCUGAAACGGUCAGAACAUCAGGUCCAAAGUGCAAAAUUGGAACUGAGAGUAGAGAUGGAAAUUUAACAAGCAAAAAGACUGUUCCUGGACCAGGACAAUAUAAUAAUCCAAAGACAAAAUUAAUAAAAUCCUCUCCUUCAUUUGGUUUCGGGACAGGAAAGAGAGGAAAUACAUCAAAGCAAGGUUCUCCAGGUCCAGGGCAUUACCAUAUCCCUUGCAAGGUUGCUGAUGUGCCAAGAUAUCAGAACACUAAACAGCCAGAAGAAUUCAGAUUUAUAUAACGA